UCCUAACGUGUUUAUAGGCGAUACUUGCUUUGGAAAGGAGCCACAACAAUGAGAAAGAAAUGGAAGAAAUCAGAACCUUUAAUAAUAUAGCUAGUAUUAUUUCUCUCUGUGUAUAUAUAUAUAUAUAUACCUCACAUACAGAGAGCAUAAAAACUAGUUUCUGUUACGCUUUUACUGUGAAAUAGAAAAGUAAGAUUGUAAAACAAAAAACAAUUGGCAAAAAUGCAGGCUAUAAAGGAAAAGAUUCAAGAUAUAAAAGAAUCGCGCAAGGCCAAGGCCGAACUAAAGGCUGAAGAAAAGGCAGAGAAAGAACUUGCAAAAGCCAGAAUGGAUAUAGCUCACGAGGCGAGGCUUGCGAAAGAAGCCGAAGCAGAAAUGGACAGGCAUGUGGCGAAGGCAAGCGAGAUAGCAGAGAAAGAAAUAUCAAAGCACCAAGCUAACAAGUCCAAUCCCAUGGACAUGAGUGGUAUGGACGAUGGUGCUCCACCAGCAUUUGAUGGAGGAAUCAGCAACCGCUCUAAUGCUGGCACAUUGGGAUCACCAGAAAUCAGCGACCCUUGCCCGGCUCCUCCUGCUCUUGCUGAAACAAAAAGUGACCGCUACUUUACAGCUGCAGAAACUGCACCCUCUGCUGCUGCAAUGGAAGGACGAAGUGCAAGUGAUCGCCAUCUAUGAUCACACAACUCUGCAAGGACUUCCCCUUAUUAGUUCCAAGCUUUUGCAUCUCAAAUAAACUUUCUUGCUUUCUUUUUGU